UUUUAAUGAUCUUCUGUAACUUUGGAAGCAGUUGCUCCCUCCGGAUGGAUCUCUGCGCGUCAGAGGCUGCGGUGGGCGGAGUUGGAGCGAUCAGGACGCACGGCCCACUGGAGCAUUGUUGAUAUUGGCUGCUCCGUCCUCUCACAGGAGGUUAUGUCUUCAGGUCUCUGGGAAGAGCAGAGGUUUAAUUAGAGAAAAAGGAAGAGCUAACAGAGACUUCAAUUAUGCGUUAACUUUACGCACGAGUUUCAUGGGUUACGCAUUUUUACGCAAAAGCUCUAAAAUUGGAAAGCCUUGAAGCGCCACAAUGUCUCACGCACAGGUUGAGAUCCCAGGACGCGGCUUCCCAGGCCUCUCAGUGGACAUGACGGACGACUGCUUAUCCCGCACGGUCCUCAGGACGCAUGGCUUGAACGCGCGGAGGAACUCCUACUGCCUGCAAAAAAUCACCAUGGACAUUGAUUCCCCUCUUUACAGCAGCGCCCUCUCCAAAGCCCUGUCCUGGUCAGCGGAAAACAUCCUGACGCUCGCGGAGUCCAGAGUAGAGGAGGAAAAAGCGGACGAGUCUCCAAAGCAGCUGUCUCCCGUCUCCAGUCAGGACGCAGGCACCGAUGCGCCCUCGGGGAGCCAGGAGCCCAACGCCGCGGGGUCCACCGGAGGAAACUGGCCCUCUGAACGCAGAGCCAAAGCUCACGAAGCGAGCUCGGACUCUGAUAACGAGCUCCAGCACCGACAGAACAAGGUGCUGUCCCGCAUCACCUUUGAAACGCAGUGGGAGCAGGAGGAGAGGGAGGAUGUGGAAACCAAAGCAGUGGCAACCUCACCUGAUGGACGAUAUCUCAAAUUCAACAUAGAGAUCGGGAGAGGUUCCUUCAAGACCGUGUAUAAAGGUUUGGACACGGAAACAACAGUGGAGGUGGCAUGGUGUGAGCUACAGACACGUAAGCUAACCAAAGCAGAGCGACAGCGUUUCAGCGAGGAAGUGGAGAUGCUGAAAGGCCUGCAGCAUCCCAACAUCGUACGUUUCCAUGACUCCUGGAAGUCAACAAUGAAGGGCCACAAGUGCAUUAUCCUCGUAACUGAACUCAUGACCUCCGGAACGCUCAAGACGUACUUAAAGAGGUUUAAGGAGAUGAAGUUAAAGCUGCUGCAACGCUGGAGUCGCCAGAUCCUCAAAGGGCUUCACUUCCUGCACACACGCACUCCCCCCAUCAUCCACCGGGACCUCAAAUGUGACAACAUCUUCAUUACCGGCCCCACUGGCUCUGUUAAGAUCGGAGAUCUGGGGCUUGCCACUCUCAAAAGUGCCUCCUUUGCUAAAAGUGUGAUUGGAACUCCGGAGUUCAUGGCCCCAGAGAUGUACGAGGAAAAGUAUGACGAAGCAGUGGACGUCUACGCCUUGGGAAUGUGCAUCCUGGAGAUGGCCACUUCUGAGUACCCGUACUAUGAGUGCCAAAACGCAGCACAGAUCUACCGCAAAGUCACCAGUGGCAUUAAACCGGACAGCUUCUACAAGGUCAAAGUCCCAGAACUCAAAGAGAUCAUUGAGGGCUGCAUACGCAUGAUCAAAGAUGAAAGGUACACCAUUCAGGACCUUCUGGACCACCCCUUCUUCCAGGAGAACAACGGUGUCCACGUGGAGCUGGCGGAGGAGGACGACAUGGUGAAGCCUGGACUGAAGCUGUGGCUGCGCAUUGAUGAUACCAAGAAGCUUCACGGGAAAUACAAGGACAACAACGCCAUCGAGUUCCUCUUUGAGCUCUACAAGGACGUGCCUGAGGAGGUGGCUCAGGAGAUGGUCGUGCUCGGCUUUGUGUGCGAGGCAGACUUUAAAAUCGUGGCCAAGGCCAUACGGGACCGAGUGACGGCCAUCAAGAGGCAAAGGGAGAAGUUGAGGCGGCAGGCGGAGGAGCGUCAGAAGAAAGAGGCGCAGGAAGUGAUAGAAGAAGAACCAGAGCCUCAGACACCCUCACCUAGGGUCAAUGACGUCGUUGCAGCAGACUCCCCCACCCCAGCCCUGACACCUCAGGCCUCCGUUUCCUCCCCCAUCACCAGCUCUGCAGACUCUGGACUCAGCUCCAGCUACCCAGUAGAACCAGAGGAGCCUGAAGCGGAUCAGCACUUCCAUGUGCGCCACAACAGCCUGUCGUCUGCUAACUCUGACUGCGAAACAGACGCCGACCUGAGUUCCUUCGGUCUUCAGGAUCCGUUUGAGGCCAGCGGCUUCAAUGCACCCGCGACCCCUCCGACCCACUCGACCCCUAUAGCCACCUACACCAACACCCCCCCUGCAAACGGCUUCGCCAUCCCAGCGCUCCGCUUCCCCUCGAGUAUUGCAGUCUGCAGUAACACAGAACAUGGCAGCUCAGGUCCUCCAAGUGGGCUGAACUCCCCUGUUGACAGCUAUGCCUCCGAUGUGACUUCAGGUUUGAGCGACGGUUACGAAGGCCUGUCGGAGAAGAAUGAGAAAACGGCUGCGAGGCGAACAGCAGCUAAGCUGUUCAGGCGGAGGGCGCGCUCCAGGCUUCGCAUCACAGGGCUUUCUGAUAAAGUGGACCGGGUCGUGGAGUGUCAGCUGCAGACCCACAAUAACAAGAUGGUGACCUUUAAGUUUGAUCUGGACGGAGAUAACCCAGAAGACAUGGCUGCUGUCAUGGUUCGAAGUGAAUUCAUCCUGCCAUCAGAGAAGGAGGGCUUCAUCCACCGAAUGGGAGAUAUCAUCAAACGGGCCGAGGCUCUGAUGUCUAAAGACCAGUCGGUUCUCAACAGCGGCCACCGCCUCGCCCAGCUGGCUUCACAUGGCGCCAUAAACUCCUUGUCUUCCUCACAGCCUAAUCUGCACAGUCACUUUAUGCCUCGAACACACUCCUCCUCUUCGCUGCCCGAGUACAGUGUGGCUUGCCCCAGCGUAGGGGUGCGUGGCUCUCCCCCUUGUCCUAAUGGCGAUGUCCUGAGUUCAGACAUUACUUCACCUGGGCGACCUCUUAUACGCUCACAGUCUUUCCACAACACCCCAGGGUCUCCUCUCCACCAUCAUCAGCACCAACGCCCGUCAUCUCUCGUGUCCAACCAGCAGCACUACCAUUUACCCUACAUGGGCCAAACUCACUUUCCGUUCACAUACCCGGGAUCUCCAGGGUCUCCGAAGCCAGCAGGGCAGCAUCCUCCCCUCACCCGUGUGGCCAGUAACCCUACCUUCUCUUCUAUUCCCUCUCCAACACCCAGCUCUCCGAGUCCAGUGAAUGAUACCCCAAGUCCGUCAAUGGAAAACGUCAUGUUGUCCCCUCCUGGACCACAGCCUCCCAAUAUGUGGCCUGCCCACUCUCAGCCGUUAUUCUCAUUAGCUAAUGUCAUCUCCAUGGCCAUGAGUAUGGCUCAUUCUUUCAUUCCCCCUCAGAACAUGCCUAAUCAGGGAAUGCCCUCUUAUCCAGGCUUCCACCCCCACCUGCAAGGACCCAUGGCCCCUCCCUCAGGUUACCCAUCGGUCUACCCCCACCAUUACCAGUCUCCACCACCGAUGGAUGCCCCAUACCCUUCAGUGGGUAUCCCAGCUCAAAACAUCUACCACAGCCAAGAGCAAGCUCCUCAGAUGGAUGGGCUUGGAUUUUACCAGAACAGCCAUCCACAGUGGCAGCAUCCUGCAUCUCCAGCUUCCACUCCUCCACAUUCCACUCUGGAGACCAUGCAACAGAUCCGACCAACCGGUUCCCCAAUUCCACACAGAGAGGAUGGCAACGUGACGCCCCACUCAGCCCAGGCUCCAGCCCAGCUUCAAGCUAGAACAGAAGUAUCCUCAUCGACGUCUUCAUCGGACGCUCGCCCAUCACCACCAGUCAGCCCAGAGAACAAUGUUUCCUCCGGUGAUCAGUUCCACCCAGCCGGACCUGCAGCCAGCACCAGCAGCCCGAAGACCAAAGCCUCUUCCACUGAAUGUGAAGUCAAGUCAGCACCAGUGAGGGUUGGAAGGUUCCAGGUGACGCCCAGCGUUGACGUUGUGGACUCCUCUGACCCAGCAAACCCAGCACCACCUGCACCACAGCCAACCAUCAACAGCAACACCCAGUCAGAGAGCAGCACAGAGGAGGUGGGGGGGUCCGAGUCCAGCCUUAACACCUCCCUCACCAUGUCCCCCCCUCAGCCUCAUCCCCACAGAGACCCUAAAGGGGUCGUCCAGAAGGUGGACCGGCCAGCAGGAUGGGCUGUAAGUCAGCAUCAGCAUCGUAACAGAGAAGAUGAAGAAGUCGAAGAUGAGGAGGAGGAGAGGGAGAUUUUAGGGGAGCGAUCGAGGGUGAGGAAGAGGGGUCGGAGGAGGACUUGCAGCCUCAGCUUGAUGGGGACAUCUGCAGACAGCGGGCUCUCGGUGACGGCCGCUGAGAUGGAGGGGAGGCUGUGGGACGGAGCGGCCGGCAGCCCCCAGUACAGCAACGCCCUUCACAACCUGUGGCUGACCACUUACAACCGCAGCGCCCCCUACCUGAGCAGCGACGACUCUGACAGCGAGGACGAGGAAAUGAUGGAGGAACUUCAGGAACUCAGAGAAAAACACCUUUCAGAGGUUCAGGCUUUAGAGGCUGAACAGAAGAGGGAAAUCGAGGAACUGUAUGCGAGGAUGGGGAAGGUUCCUCCUCCAGGCAUCGUCUGUCCAGCAGCCAUGCUUUCCAGCCGCCAGCGCCGCCUCUCCAAAGGCAGCGGUUUCCCUUCGUCCCGCAGGAACAGUCUGCAGCGCGUCGACAUUCUGCCUAUCCAAGGUAUCAUCAGGAGAAACUCUCUUGGAGGCAGCAGCAGCGGUUCGCAGGAUAAACUCAGUAAAGGCGUAACUUUUGCUACUGACAUCAGUAGAAUGUAAGAACCCAAGGACAAGAAAUCCAGACUACCUCAUCUGAAGCGACUGCAAGAGGCCGAAAAACCCUUCAGACGGUUUCGCUGGCGCACCACCCAUUUAACUGCCCCUCCCUGAUCAGCGACUGUGCAGCUCCGCCCGGCUGCUCCUUUACCUCACAUGUACAGAAGCGGUUACUGAUGAAGCCGGAGUCGAAGCGUCGUCCCGCACGGAUCCGACGUAAAUCCUCCACAGUGAAUCAUAACAAUGCAACGACGGCGUCAAGCGACGGUACCUUGUGUCGCCAAGGCGGUGCAUUUACCAUGAGGCUGACCCAGAAUAACAGAAAAUGAUUUCCUGCUUGUCUGAUGUGAUGCUGACGGAAAUGAUGCUGUACUUUAUAACGAACUCGCUCCAUCUGCUGAAUGAACGGUGAACUUAUUCUCAUUCAGCAGGGCAGCGGUUAUUUCCUUCCUUGGAUUAAAUCAAACACUAGCUGCAAAGUAGCUUCUUCAACUCGGUACCAUUAAUAAGAAAACAACUUUUCUUUUGGGACGCCAUGAAAAUGUGACACUUGUGCAAAUGUUUCUAAAGUACAAGCAAAUGAGAAAGCUGGUAUAGAGCGAGCGUCAGAGUAUUUGAAAAAAAAAGUUCCUGAACUACUGGCUUUCCUGUUGACUGUAAAUGUGUAUAUAGCUGAAUGCAUUUAUUAUAGAUUAAGUUUACAAGCUAAAAAGUAAACAGAAUAUUUCUGGUACCUUAAGUCCUUUUUGAGCUGAAAACAAACAAAAAAAUAAAUAAUCAAAUGUGUAUUGAUAUAAAUGAUAUUAAAAUCUAUUUAUUUUAGUGAUUCGAUUUAAAAAGUAAAACUCUACAGGUUAAUUUCUCACAGAGAU